AUGGCGUCCGCCGGCUCGCACGCCCGCUCUCACAGCCUCCUGCUGCUCCAAAAGAUGCUCAACCUGCGCGACGCCGCCAGUCCGCUGACGCUCGUCCUCGACACCCUCGAGCAGACGGCUCGCCCGCUGCUCCUCGAGCUGUAUACACGCGCAAAGAUCUCCAAGACCAAGGUCAUCCUCGUCUCCCUUACGACAGUCAAGAAGCCCCGUGGUGUCCACGUCCUUGUCAGGGCGGCCGGGCGGGACCUCAAGGCGGUCAGACAGGAACUCAUGGCUCACUAUCCCGCCGCGCAUGGCAAGCCGAAACCCGCAGAGAGAGCCGUCGUCGUCGUCGACUCGCUCAACAGCAUGGCGACUGCCGACGCCGGGUUCCUGGCAGCCUUUCUCUCGAGCAUCCUCACCCCGGCCGUGUCUAUCGUGGCCGUCUACCACGCCGACGUGCCCGUCAUCCUGCCCAAGGCCUCCAACGAGUACGAGCCCGCGCCGCUGACUAUACUCUGCCACCUUGCCACGGCAAUCCUGCGGCUGUCCAGCUUGCAGCAGGAGGUCGAGCGGCAGCGGGCCCGCAAUCGAGCCCUGCAGGAACCCGAAUGGGGGCUCAAGGAGGAGCGCGAGGGCGUCAUCAUCGGCCUCCGAGGCAGCGUUGAGAGCGAGGGAGGGAGAGGGCUCGUCAUCGACAUGGAGCUGCGGAGACGGAGCGGGCGCACCGUGUCGGAAAAGUUCAUUCUCACUCCCGGGAGCAGCUCGACCGGGCCAGGCCGUGUCUCCCUCCUGACGGACCACGCCAUGUUCGCGGCGUCGACGGGCGGCGGCGGGGCGGACGGCGACGAGGGAGAGGAAGGGCCCGAGAGCACCUUUGACCUGGGCCUAACGGAGAAGCAGCGCAAGGACAGGGAGGGCAUCGUGCUGCCGUACUUUGACGCACAGACGGACAUUGGCGCGGGCGAGGGCGGAAGGAUCUUGUACGACAUGGGACGCGAGGACGACUUUGACGACGAAGAAGACGAGAUAUGA